GGUACACCCUACAAAGCAGGCGCUAUUUUUCAGAUGUUGCCCUACCAGAGUUACACAGUAUUGUUGAAACGCACAUCCCUGAGCUACUUGCUAUGUGCGUCACUGCUAUUAGCUUCACGACUGAUAUUUGGACCAGCGAUGUCAGCCCCAAGAAUGUGAUGGUUCUCAUACCGCUGCUGCCAUUUCAAUGGCAUUUGAGACUUUGAAACAUGAACACACUAGCUAGCUCCAUUCGAACAACUGACUCGAGAAAUCAUCUCUUCAACUGCAUCUGCAGCAGACGCGAUACCCUCUGUCAUGGCAUUGAAAUGCCUGCUCAAAACUGCAGACAGACCGUGGGGUUAAAACUUGUAAAAGUCCUUUACAAGAGGCUGUGAACAAGCGAUCCGGUGGCAUUCUCUCUGAGCCUCUUUACUGUGUCGCCACCAGGCUAGAUGCUAUGUACAAGGACCGCUACUUCGAUACAGACAAGAAACGGGGUUUACAUGAAAUGUUAGACACAGCUGGACAAGAUGGAAACGGACGCAGUGGGGGGCAGAGAGGCCACGGACAGACCGAGCCGGAACCUCCCUGCUUUAUAUGAAUGAUGAAAUCCUUGUUGAGACUGAACAAAUGAACAACGAAUCAACGCAGCAAUUGCUUCCCCAUCUGGAUCCAUCUGUGACUUUCAGCCAAUUAGCAGAGGCCCCCUGAACCCCUGGCACCUGUCCCUGUGCCAUGCCAAAGAGUGACACGUGGCCGGGCGGCAUUGCCAUGGAAUCCUUGAUCAGUAUGGACAGCACUGGGAGCUGUGACAGUGUGGUUAGCAUGAACUCUGGCUUUAGUGAUGACAGUCUGGAGCACCUCUCUGCUGAGGAGCGGGCAUGCCUCAUGUUUCUGGAGUCCACCAUUGAGUCCCUGGAGAUGGAGGAGGACAGUGGCCUGUCAAAUGAUGAGCCAGACCCCAGCAACCUGGCAGCCAAACCUGGCCACCUCUCUAUGGGACAGGCCAGAUUGGAGGAUGUAUCAGAACUCCAGCAUUCUGACUCAGGAAGGGAUCAGAAGUCCUUUCUGAACUGCAUAGUGCCUACACCACUUAGAGUGGCAAAUAGCCUUGCCAGUAUCCAGCUCAAAGCCCCAGGUUCUGCCACCCAGCCCACUGCUCCAGCUGCAGCAAUUGAGCCUAGAGCCCCAGCCCCCGUAGUAGCAACCCAGCUCAAUACCCCAGGGGCAUUUACUGAUCUCAAACCUCCAGGGGUAGUCACUGAACCCACAGUCUCAGAGGUAGUCACAGAACGUAAAGCUCCAGAGAUAGCAACUGUGUCUAAGUCCCCAGAGUUGAUCACUGACAUCAAAUCUCCUGGGUUGGACACUAUUUCAAAAGUUCCGGUGUUGUCCACUGAGUCUAAAACUCCAGAGUUAGCUGCAGACCCAAAAGCUUCUGCCUCGGACACGACCCCAUCCUCAGCCACCUCAGAUAAUUAUGUGGACAAUAUGCCUAAAGGAGUCUCUGUAGACAGCAAGUCUGCAAAACGGCAAUCUAAGGUUCACUCUGAGCUGGAUCUGAAGCUGAUUCCCCCUCCCUCAGACUUCAGGGAUGAUGAACCAGAGGAGGAGAGUGAACUUCCAGUGCCUGCAGUACUCAGAGUUCCACUAACCUACAGUGAGCUGGAGCAACUACGCAGGAGAGCUCCACCAGCCUCGCCUGGAGCCCAACAGACACCACCUUCUAAACCUCCUGUUGAUCUGCCUGUACCUGUUAGUACCAACUCACCACCCUCCCACUCAGAGGCCCUAACCAUCCCCAUUCCUGAGACCCUGGAAACAAAGAACCCACCUGCCGUGGCCCCUAAGCCCAAGAGGCUUCCCUCCAACAUCAUCCAGAAGUCCCACAAGUCAGAUAGUCACCCAGGCCCCCCUCUCUCCUUGCCCAUUGACAGGUCGAUCAUUGAUCCCCAGAAGGUGCGUUUGGAGGCUCUACGGAAGCUCGGGCUCCUGAAGGGUGAGGAUGGAGACUCAGGCCCUGUAGUUUCACCCAAAUCCCGGAAGUCAUGGGCACCCACUCCCUCUCCUCGCAGCCCAGAUGCCACCCAGACCCAAGCCCCAGCCCAAAUCCCUACUACUUCCCCAGCCACUACCCCUGGCCAAGUCCCAGCCACUAUCCAUACCCCAAUCCCAGUGCCUGCUGCAGUUGCUGUCCCAGCUACCACAGAACCAGCCCGAGCCACUACCCUUGCUCCACUUCCAGCCCCAAUCCAAUUUAGUGACAAUGCCAAAGCUCUGCUCUUGCCCCUUACAACCCCUCCUUCACCACCCAAGCAUAUUCCCCCUCCCGUAAGGGUCAAAUCAGCCACUCUGGAGCGCUCCAGCAUGGGCCAGAGAAGCUACAUGGCCAGCAAUGCCUCCCUCAGGGAAAACCAGGCUCCCAGUGUCCCUUUGUCCCCCAGAGACCAGCGUAACUCUAGACCCCGCCCGGCCUCCCUAGGAACUGGGAAAGACUUCAUGAAUGUUCAGGGUGAGGCCUGCCACCCCCAACCAGGUCAUGGAGAGUCUCAGAACAAGCUUCCCCGUUCCCAUGGUAUCAGUGUGCUGAUCUGCCCCAACAGCAAGAGUGGAGAAGACCGACGAGAGGCCUUGAAGAAGCUUGGACUGCUGAGCGACUGAGGGAAGGGAGAGGGGAAAUGGAACUGCACCACUAUGAAAUCCAUAUGAGGGGUGAGGUCUGAGGAGGAGGAAUGUCCUUAAUAUGGAUUCUGUAUAACUAAGCCCUCCUCUAGUUUUUGACACUGAAACUUAUGGGAAGAUUACUCUCUCCAUAAGGCCUUCUUUGAAGCAACAUGCAGAGAGCACUAUUUGUUUGAUGAAAGAUUGUUUGGCUUUACAGAAACCUGUAUAUUUAUGGAGUGUAUUUUUGCCUUCUUGCUGCACAGAAAUACUGUAUGUACCCUAAGACUGGCUUUCAUGAAUAACCUGUAUCAUACUACUAUGAGAUACUACUCUAAUUACAGUUUGCAGUACAGUGAAUAUGUAUGUAUGUAUAUUCCUCGUUAAAUGUGUUAGGCUGUUUGUGAAUCUAAUUUGACAUUCAGUAAUUUGAUCAUUGUCUAUUUUCUAAAUAAAAUAUAAUGCACUUUA